CCGGGCCGGCCUGUCUGCGGAGAUGGAUGACAGCAAGGUGGUUGGAGGCAAAGUGAAGAAGCCUGGGAAGCGCGGGCGAAAGCCGGCCAAAAUUGACUUGAAAGCAAAGCUCGAGCGAAGCCGGCAGAGCGCCAGAGAAUGCCGGGCCAGGAAAAAGCUGAGGUACCAGUACUUGGAGGAGCUGGUGUCCAGUCGGGAAAGAGCUAUCUGUGCACUCCGAGAGGAACUGGAAAUGUACAAGCAAUGGUGCAUGGCAAUGGACCAAGGGAAAAUCCCUUCUGAAAUAAGGGCCCUACUCACUGGCGAGGAGCAGAACAAGUCUCAGCAGAACUCAAGCAGGCAUCCCAAAGCUGGGAAGACAGACGCUAACACCACUUCGUUGGUGGGGAAUUGAACCUGUGGCUUCAGAUACAAUGGGGUGAAGAUCAUAUAAAAUGCACUCGGUGAUCAAAGCCAACGGCCUAAUGUCUAUGGAGGAUGAAUGGGCAGGACUUUGCUUCUUGGCUCCAUUUUCCGCUUACUACUCAGUAAGCAUCUCUGUAAACCCAAAGUUUCUACCAAAAUGUGUGAUGAUCCGUCACGAAGGCCCUUGUGCAGCACUUGGGUCUGCUUCAGACCUGCUCUGUGUUGCUCUCCUCGUCGGCUCACAGGUUGUGAUGCCCGAGACCGUGGGAGUGGAGGAAGUGGAUGGAACCGCACGUUUGCACCUUAGCCCUGGGGCUUUCAUGGUUCAUUUUUCUUGUCCUAUGUAAUUGAUGGAUUUGUGUGUAUGUGUGUUUAGUUGUCACUUCUUUUCAUGUUUUUAAUCACCCUACAAAAAGACACCAAAUAGGCAGUUUGUCUCCUGUGGUUGUCGGCCUUUAUGGACCUACUAUUACUUCUUUAUAUUUACUUGAGUAACGUGUGAUUGUCUGUGAGCCAUUCCAGCAUAAGCUGUGAGUAUGUAUUAACAGAUAUACACUUCUGUCUUUAUAACCCAUAGUGAUGCCUGUCUUAAAGAAUGUAUGUAACCAAACCCAGCACAAAGCCCUGACAGCCUCUUUCGCUGUUCCCUCUGACUGUAUUUAUGAAAGCUGGCUAGGGCCAAAUCCAUGCUUGGAGAAUAAUUAGCCACAGUUUAUUUUUAAGUGAAAAGUAAGCUUUUGGUGGCACCCAUUACCUUAACCUGCAGUAUGUGUGUGACAUGGUUCCUGCUGAAUGUCUACAUGUACACACAUUUGCUUGUGCACUCAGCUGAGGCAAGGCACUUUCUGAAGAGUACAGAAUGAACGUAGCUGCUGAGACUGAGUUUCUUCCGUCCUGUGUAAGCACAGGCCACCCUGCUGGUGACACUAUGGUUGUUGCUGUUGGCAGAAUACUCAGUUCUUCCUUGACAUGAGUGUCCUUAUGAAUGUGUUCUGAGCCAGAGAGAAGCCCACUGUGUGCUUGCACCUGCUUUAGCUUGUGCCCACUGCAGCCUGGUCCUGGCGGGUAUGUGGAAUGCACGUGGCUCUGUAUGGCUCCCUUCACAGCUGCGUGCACAUGGCAUGGAGUGGUGCUUGAGGGGCAGAGCUCACAGUAGGAGAGCUUCAGGGACAAGGACUUUCUGCUUCCCUUGCUUCUCUCCCUAGUUCAGUCAGACGUGCUCUCUGUGCUGCUAAUGACAGUUGUUCCUCUCGCUGAUGAAGCAGGAAGUUGACUUCCAGGAAGAAGUAUUUGCUAUAGACUGGCAGUCGAAGAGGAGGUGUCAUAGUCAUCAGGCAUGUCCAACCUUUUGACGUUGUGACUUGAAGCCUGAGAAUUGAAUGUUUUAAGUGAGUUUACAGUUUUGUGCUAGGCCACAUUCCUAGCUCUUCUGAGGUGUGUGUAGCCUGCAAGCUGUGGUUAAGACAUGCCUGGAAGGCUGUCUGUGGGGUGGGACGUGAGAUGGACUGCGUAGCUUGUGAUCUCUUGACAGGCAUUUGAACAGAUGCCUCCUGUUAGCUGAAGAUCCCUUGACACAGGCUUCAAACUCAGAUCUCCAUGCUAGGUGUGUGUGCCCACCGACAGAGCACUUGCCCAGCUUGCUAGGGUUCUCUGUGUUUUAGAAAAAUGGGCAUUAAGGGUAUUUAAUGUCUUCUUAGGACCAUAAAUGGAGACAAAGGAUUGGUGAUAUUCAGGCCCUCCAGAAUUCAAGUUUUUUUUUGUUUUGUUUUGUUUUUUUUUUUCUUUUAGAAUUUGAGUGUUUUAAAUGCAGUGUUCCGACUGUAAUGGGUGUGCUUCUGCCAGCUGGUCUACUCAGUCAUAAACUUUUACUUUGCAGAACAGCCCAUGACUUUAUAUUGCUUUGUUUGUUACCUUUUGAAUUCUCCAGGGGGGAAAUGUUUUCAAAGCAAACAUUCCAGGAUGAAUGUGGCUCCUCAGUGGGAUGUCUGCAUUGUGCUUGAAGAUUCUGCAGGCUGUACUUGCAGUUGCAGGGUCCUCCCCAGGUUGUAAUUGUAACCACAGGGUCCUCCCCAAGCAGAAGGGAUGGACUUUGGAGUGAAUGUUGAUUACACUUUGAGUUUGCUCUCAAGGCCUGUAUCUCUUUAGUGUUUUGGAGGUAUCAAACCAAGAUAACGGCCCUCGGCAUUUGAAGGGGGCAUGCCAGUUGCUCUGGGUACUGUGCUGGCCCUUCUCCCUGUCUGUGACCUCAUCACUGUUGUCAUUCCAACCACUGCAGCAUCUCCUUUUCCAUCUACUGAGGCACUGCGGGCUGACUGAAGUUCCUUCCCAGAGGAGAGCAAGCUGAGAGGACAGAGCCCAAGGCCAGCAUCUAGGGCAGGAAGAGGCCAAGUGCCUCUGUCAACAGAGCCUGGCUCCUUCUUCCUUUUAUUUUGGAGAUUAAGGAGAAAACAUAUUUGCACAUUCACACCAGUCCAACUCUGCCACUUGAGCAGCCUCUUCCCACUGGAGCAGCUGUGCAAUAUGGAGUUGAUCUGCUCAGGUCGACUCUUAGUCUGUAGGUGAAGGUCUUAACUUGUUUUCUGUCCUUAUCUAAAAUAUUCCUGUGAUGGCCAAAUCAGAACGUUAGUGCAG